UGCUGUCUUCCCUACACCUACAGAGCAAGCAGACAGGCAGGCAGGAAAGCAGGCACCAAGGGGGCUCCAGGUCUCUGCUCUGAAAAGCAAUCCACUGCACCAGCUCCCUGAGCCUGCUGCACAUUACAGUGUGUGCUGCUCCUGCUGCUGGGACUGCAUUAUCAGCCAGGUCAUUAGCAUUACACAGGAGCUGGUGAAUGCAGCACAUACUGGAGGGGAGAGGAGAAGCCAAGAAGCAGCACAAUGUGUAGGCUUCUCCCUGCAUCACAGCACAGAAGGAGCCCAAUCAUGUAAUGCCUGACUCUGCAGACCUCUGUGAUUCCAUUGUAUCUAUCAUGGACCAUGGGUCGCAGGAGGGAGUUCUGCAUGUGCCUGCCCCAUGCACCAAGGCUUCGAGCAUCUGCAGCCUGCUAUUACAUCUUAUUUUGCUGCACCCAGGCAAGCAUACAUCUACCGCACUGGCGUGAUCCUCUGGUUUACCUAGGAUUGAAAACAAAGAGGAGUGGAAAACAGGAGGAAUUCUGCUGAGUUGGCAAAGCCCCGUCGCUUUCGCAUCUUACAAGCUUUUCAUGUGUGGAGACUAUGACAGCAGAGAAGCAAUGGUACAUUCAGAUAGGAAAACUGACCGGCAUCAAUAAAGGAUACAGAGAAUAAGAAUUAUUUUUUUGGGUAACAUUUCAGGGGGGAUUUGGCUCCAGGAAAAGCACACAAAGCUGCAUCGCUUUCUAAAGUGAUCUAAAGACAUCUCCACCCCUUUUUCCUCCACAAGAAGCUGUUGGCAGGAUAAUUAUCCCGAGAUAUACCAAAAGGAGUUGAGAAAGGGUGCUUGCUACAAUAACAAAAGUGAUUAUCUCUAACAGCUCCUCCUCCCCCAUCCCUCCUCCCUCUCGUCCGGAAAAAUGACCGUGAUAGCUGGGGAUAACAUGGACGAGACCUCAGCCUUGCCCGGCCACCCUCAGGACAGCUAUCAGCCGGACCAUGAUGACCAUGAAUGUUGUGAGAGGGUAGUUAUAAAUGUGGCCGGGCUGCGAUUUGAAACCCAACUAAAGACCUUGGCUCAGUUCCCUAACACUCUUUUGGGUAACCCCAAAAAAAGGAUGCGCUACUUUGAUCCCCUAAGAAAUGAGUACUUUUUUGACCGCAACCGACCCAGCUUUGAUGCCAUAUUAUAUUAUUACCAGUCUGGAGGCAGGCUCCGGAGGCCGGUUAACGUGCCGCUGGAUAUGUUUUCAGAGGAAAUCAAGUUCUAUGAACUUGGGGAAGAAGCCAUGGAGAAAUUUCGUGAGGAUGAGGGCUUUAUAAGAGAGGAGGAACGCAAAUUACCAGAAAGAGAGUUUCAACGCCAGGUGUGGCUCUUGUUUGAGUACCCAGAGAGCUCAGGGCCAGCCAGGAUCAUUGCCAUAAUAUCAGUUAUGGUUAUCCUCAUUUCCAUUGUUAUUUUCUGUCUGGAGACUUUGCCAGAGCUUAAGGAAGAACGGAUUUUCAGCCGCAAAAUGGGAAACAAUACAGUACUCUACAAAUCCAACAUCUUCACGGAUCCAUUUUUUGUGGUGGAAACCCUAUGCAUCAUCUGGUUUUCCUUUGAGUUGGUGGUAAGGUUCUUCUCUUGUCCCAGCAAACCAGAGUUCUUCAAGAACAUCAUGAACUUUAUUGACAUAGUGGCCAUCAUCCCCUACUUUAUCACUUUGGGGACUGAAAUGGCUGAGGAAGAUGGACCCCAAAAAGGGGAACAGGCAACAUCAUUGGCCAUCCUGCGAGUCAUCAGACUGGUAAGAGUCUUUAGAAUCUUCAAACUCUCCAGACAUUCUAAGGGCCUCCAGAUACUGGGACAAACCUUGAAAGCUAGCAUGAGAGAACUAGGGUUGCUAAUCUUUUUUCUAUUCAUUGGGGUCAUCUUGUUCUCCAGUGCAGUGUACUUUGCUGAAGCUGAAGAGGAUGACUCUCAUUUUUCAAGUAUCCCUGAUGCUUUCUGGUGGGCGGUGGUAUCUAUGACCACUGUGGGUUAUGGUGACAUGUACCCUGUGACAAUUGGAGGCAAAAUUGUGGGCUCCUUGUGUGCCAUCGCUGGUGUGCUAACAAUUGCCCUGCCUGUACCUGUCAUUGUGUCCAACUUCAACUACUUUUACCACAGGGAAACUGAGGGGGAGGAACAGGCUCAGUUACUUCAUGUUAGCUCCCCCAAUUUAGCCACUGAGAGUGACCUGAGUCGACGCAGCUCUUCGACAAUGAGCAAAUCUGAGUACAUGGAGAUUGAAGAGGAUCUGAAUAAUAGCAUAGACAACUUUAGAGAGUCAAAUCUCAGAACUGGCAACUGCACCAUAGCCAAUCAGAACUGUGUUAACAAAACCAAGCUGCUGACAGAUGUGUAGAACACGCCCCAGCUGCAGGAUACCUACUUUCUGUAGACACUUUAAACUAUAGUCUUUGAAUGCUUUACUACUCAUCGUUAAUGCAUUGUUGCAUUGCGAAUUUUAUGCUCAGCGAACAAGAAGCUUUCAGGAUUCAUGAAAGAUCGUAUUAUCAUUUAUUUUUAAAUGGAGUAUUUUUUUUUUUUUUUUUUUCUUAACUGGUCGGUGGGGUGUAUUUCCCAACCAGUUGUAGCAGUUAACAAAUUAAAAACUACAGAAAAGCAAGUUAAAAAAAAAACAAAAAACUCUUUUAUUCCCUUUGCUUGUUAAUCAUAAGUUCCAACAAACCAUUACAAAGAAUUAACAGAUAUGCAUGGAUUUACAGUAGUUUUUUUUUUCUUCUGCCAACCGCACAAUGCAUCCAAGGAUGAACAUCAAAGGGUUAAAAUGACAUAUGCAAACAUUUGCUUUUUUUUUUUUUUUUUUUGAUCUGAAGAAGUGUAUUUCCUAUCCAAUGAAAGAUUAUGCACUUACUGGUGACCUACAGAUCCAUAAAGCACCUUAUAUGAACUUAUGCUACAUAAAGACCUAGAAAAAAAAAUUAUACGAUAUUAAAAGAUUUUUUUAAAAGGGAAAAAAA